GAUCAUUUGAUUUUUAACACAGUUUUGUCUACUCUCCAGCAAUUUCUUCACGAUGAGAAAUUUGAAAGAUCUCGAAUUUUAGUUGCAUCUGAAACGAUUGGUCUUCGUACACCAGAGAUUAUAACCGUUGGAGUGGAGCGUCUAGUUACCCUUAACAGCUUCUUGUUACUCGACGACUACGAAGCUACCGAGUGUCCUUUGGAACAUAGAAGGCUUAACAUGGUUAUAAGUGAACUGAACAAAUGGAUUGAUAGUGAAGUUGCGUAUGAUGCGGAAUUCCGCAAAGUUAGAAUAUUGAUUGUUCAACUUUUACAUACCUUGAACAGAUAUUCUCUAAAAAAUGAUCAAUUUGAAGAGUUGACUCAUAAGGUCUUACAAGAGGCGAGCGGAUUGAUCAGCAUUGGCGAAGAAGGGAUCGAAUUGAAAUACUACACCUUAAAGCUUUUCAUCUUGUUACAAAAGCAAGACAAACUGGAUUCAACCGUGGCUAAAGACAUUGAGAAUGAGCUACUGGAUGCGUUCGUCAACCAAGAAAUUUCAUACGUUGAUCAACCUGUAUUGAUUUACUUUGAAAUGUUGAAUCGUGUCUUAUCCAAGCUACCAACUAGCCGUUUCGUUGAGUUUUAUGAUCAGUUGGUUUCUAAAUAUCAUUCCAAUUUGCCUGUUGACAUAAAGAGACCGCUCUUGAAUAUACUGAAACGAUUGAUUCUUUCAAAGCAGCAGGAUCAAGUUAUUGAGUUUGAACUUUCCAAAGACCGUGAUGAUGAUUUUGGAAGCUUCAAGCUUCCUGAAUACAUUAUAGAUGACGUUCGUAAUGUUCCAGCCCUGACUGGCAAGAAAGAAGAUGAAGAUGACAUAAAGCUAUUGGAGUAUCUAUGGCAUUGGGACUUAGUGUUAUUGAACUUCAAAGACAUCACGUUAAGGAUGAGAUCCAUGUUUAUUCAACAGUUGCAGACCGAGAAUGAUGAUCUUUUAACAAAAUUCUUAGAUUUCUUAUCCCUUAUCAUCAUAACGGGAGCUGACGAUAAAUCAUUCAUGUCGUUAUUGGAGGACACUACCGAUUUUACGGAUUAUGACUUUGUCAAUAGCCACUGUGAAAGUACCGGUGAAGAAGUGAAAUUGCUCGCGGUUCAUUUAUACUUCACUAUUCUUUCAACCAUUGGCUCGCUUGGAUCCAGUUGGUUUAGUGACAUCAAGGACCGUGGGUUCAAACAAACAUUAGAGAAGUUCACCACGAAAUAUAUCAGUCCAAGUCUUAUUGAUAAGAAGCUGGUUCACUUUGAAAACCAGGUUGACAAGUUUAUGGAAGAACACGAAAAUCUUACAGUUAAAGUGAACCGUAUCACCAAUGAGAUCAGAUGUACAUAUCUCAUUGAUGAGCAAUAUCUUGAGGUUGUCUUCAAGAUUCCGAUGAACUAUCCACUUUCAAAUGUUGAAGUUGUCGGUCCCAAGAGGGUUGGUGUCAAAGAGACUCAAUGGAAGGCUUGGAUCCUUGCCUGUCAACGUAUUAUAACGUUACAGAACGGAGAAUUAUCAGAGGCAUUAACUUUCCUGUUGAAGAAUAUCACUUUCCAUUUCAAAGGAUUCGAAGAGUGUUCUAUUUGUUAUUCUGUGUUGCACCAGGAUAACUCUCUGCCUUCAAAAACCUGUUCCACCUGUAAAAACAAAUUCCAUGCUGGUUGUCUUUAUAAAUGGUUCAAGUCCAGUGGUGGAAAUACCUGUCCAUUAUGCCGUUCUACGUUCAACUUUAGAUAG